AUGAAUUUAUCGCUUCUUGAUCCAUUCGCUGCCUUAAAAGAGUACCCAGAAAGUAUCACACAUACCCUCUCCUUUGGACACUCGGUAUUUGUGAAAUACAAUCAACAAGGGGAUUACUUAGCGUCAGGUCUCUCAUCUGGAACUAUUCUCAUAAUUGACAAUGACACAAAAAGCGUUAUAAGGAAGCUUAUUGGACACGUCAGACCAAUUCAGUCGCUAUGCUGGUCAAAGUGUGGAACUUAUCUUCUGUCCUCCUCCAGAGACUGGAAAUGUUUGGUGUGGGAUUUGAGAACAUGUAAAGCAGUGAGAAAGUUUGACUUUAGUGGUCCGAUAUGGAACAGUGAGUUUAACCCUAAAGAUCCACAAGAGUUCGUUGUAUCCUUGUACGAUAACUUUCCGAAGUAUGUCAAGUCAGAUAAUACGAUACAAACUCUUCAAGAAGACACGGUUUUGGUUACUACUUUCCAUCCAAGUGGUGACUACAUAGUGACUGGAACAAAUAAAGGAUUAAUAAGCGUGAUAUCAAGAGAAUCAUCCACAGUUAUAUUCAAUCAAAAAGUGACAAACUCAAGUAUAAAGAACAUCAUCAUAUCUUCGAAUGGUGAAAAGAUGGCCAUUAAUUCGUCAGAUCGAAUUAUAAGGCAAGUCACCCUCCCCGACUUCAAUACCGAACCUAAGCUUUGGCACUUUGAGGUUGAAAACAAAUAUCAAGACGUUGUUAACAGACUGCAGUGGAACUCGAUUAUGUUCAGUGCCAGUGGUGAUUAUCUUAUAGCCUCGGCUUUUGGUUCUGCCCAUAACAUUUAUAUUUGGGAAACAUCUCAAUUCUUCUUAAACAAGAUUCUCGAAGGACCUAAAGAAGAGCUGGUUGACGUUGACUGGAACUAUAAGAAAUGCAUUAUAUGUGCUACUGGGAUGGAUAGUGGUGUGAUUUAUAUGUGGAGCUUGGUUGUUCCACAAAAAUGGAGCGCAUUGGCACCAGACUUUGUGGAAAUUGAAGAAAACAUUGACUACCAAGAGAAAGAAGAUGAAUUUGACAUUGUUCCAGAUGAUGAACUUAAUCAAAAACAAUUGGAUGAAGAGGACGAAUAUAUCGACAUCAUAUCGAAGGAACGAACUGACGCCAGAGGCAAUGUACAGGAAAAAGGUUUUGUGAUCCCAAUUGAGUAUGGUCAAACCAUAUCAACGGAUAACAUAUAA